AUGAGAAAAUCAUCUGCGGAACAUUUGGACAGCAGUUCGGUAACUGAGAAAGCAAGAUUCAAUGAAGAGAAAGAAGAUUUUGCACACGCCUCUCCUCUUGCUCUUCUUUCUGUUGGAUGCUCGCCGCAAGAUUCAACAAAUAAAUGCGAAAAAUCUGAUCUGGUAGCGGACAACUUACAAUGCCCCACUAUCGUUACCGGAGAGGUAAAUAUGGCAUUUUCGAAAGAUGAAGACAAUGCCAAAGAGAGUGAACCACAGUAUGAAUUAGAUCCAAUUGGUUUAGCUGAACAACAGAUGGCAAAUGUGGAUAGGACGAUUAAUGUAACUACUGUUAAAACAUCCAGAUAUUCAAUGCGAAGUUUGGUUUUAUCUAAAUUACCGUAA